AUGUCUGUCUCAAUCCAGGAGCUGGACAACACUGUCCGCGCCUUUUACGAAGGUAAAGGCGAUGUGCAAAAGCAAGCACAGCAAACUCUUACCGAGUUUAAGCAAAACCCCGAUGCUUGGCUGCUUGUGGGAGAUAUUCUCCAAGAGGCGUCAUACUCGCAAACCAAGUAUUUGGGGCUACAGGUCUUGGACGAAGUGAUCAUGACAAGAUGGAAAGUCCUGCCACGGGACCAAUGCCAAGGGAUUCGUAAUUUCGUCGUCAAUAUGAUUAUCGAGCACUCCAAGUCGGAAGAGAAACUGAAAAGCGAGCGCGCCUUUCUGAAUAAACUGAACCUCGUGCUCGUCUCGAUUUUAAAGCAAGAAUGGCCCCAUAACUGGCCUACAUUUAUAAACGAGAUAAUAUCUUCUUGCCACACCAGCCUGUCCAUCUGUGAGAACAACAUGGUCAUUCUUCGGCUUCUGUCAGAGGAAGUUUUCGAUUAUUCACAGGAUCAAAUGACCUCAACCAAGGCGAAAAAUCUGAAAACGACAAUGACACAGGAGUUCUCAUCCAUAUUCCAGUUAUGCUCGGAAGUUCUGAAUACAGCAAACCAACCUGCUCUGAUCAAAGCGACUUUGGAGACAUUGUUACGAUUCUUGAACUGGAUUCCCCUGGGAUAUAUUUUUGAAACGCCUAUCAUAAAUACCCUCUUGAAUAGGUUCCUCGAUGCUCCAGAAACCCGUAACGUGACGCUCAAGUGUCUCACCGAAAUCGGUGGCUUGCAGAUUGGCCAACAGUAUUCAUACGAUGAAAAGCUUGUACAGAUGUUCACCGAGACUUUAACACGAGUAUCCAAAAUCAUCCCACUAUCAAUGGACCUGAAGAAUACAUAUGCCAACAGUAAUUCGAGAGACCAAGAAUUCGUUCUCAAUCUUGCUCUUUUCUUAUGCAACUUCUUCAGCGUCCACCUCAAUCUUAUCGAAAAGCUGCCUAACCUGGACUACCUCACACAUGCGCAUUUCUAUUUGAUUCGGAUCAGCCAGAUAGACGAUCGCGAGAUCUUCAAAAUUUGUCUAGAAUACUGGACCAAACUCGUGCAGGAAUUAUACGAAGAAAUGCAGCAGCUUCCAAUUACCGACAUAAAUCCCUUGGUUAGCAUGGGGGUCGGGUCACUUUCAAACGGCGGCGCCCCCCAUCCGAGCACCCUUGCAAAUUAUCCUUUACGCAAACACAAGUAUCAAGAGGUAUUGUCAAGCCUGCGAACUGUGAUGAUUGAGAAAAUGGUUCGUCCGGAGGAAGUCCUGAUCGUGGAAAAUGAUGAAGGAGAAAUUGUUCGAGAGUUUGUGAAAGAAAGCGAUACCAUUCAGCUCUAUAAGACGACUAGGGAGUGUUUGGUCUAUCUCACACAUCUUGACGUUGUCGAUACCGAGAGUAUCAUGGCCGACAAGCUUGCCAAACAGGUUGAUGGUAGUGAAUGGUCAUGGGCGAAUUGCAAUACAUUAUGUUGGGCAAUCGGUUCUAUUUCUGGAGCCAUGAACGAAGAAACCGAAAAACGAUUUCUCGUUACCGUGAUUAAGGACCUCCUUGGCCUCACUGAGAUGAAGCGUGGCAAAGACAACAAAGCUGUGGUUGCGAGCAAUAUCAUGUAUAUUGUUGGUCAAUAUCCUCGAUUCCUUAAGGCCCAUUGGAAGUUUUUGAAAACGGUGGUGAACAAGUUAUUUGAGUUCAUGCACGAGACUCACGAAGGUGUUCAGGAUAUGGCUUGUGAUACGUUCAUCAAAAUCGCCAACAAAUGUAAACGUCACUUCGUCGCUCUUCAACCAGGGGAAAACGAACCUUUCAUUGAAGAGAUCGUUCGCAACAUGCGAAAGAUCACCUGCGAUCUUUCUCCACAGCAAGUGCACACCUUCUACGAGGCUUGUGGAUACAUGAUAUCCGCACAAGGCCAAAAGGGUCUGCAAGAUCGUCUAAUAGAAAGUUUGAUGGCAUUGCCCAACUCAGCGUGGGAUGCCAUUAUUGCUCAGGCUAACCAAGAUCCUUCAAUCUUGCAAGAUGCGGAAACCAUCAAAAUUGUUGGCAACAUCAUGAAGACGAAUGUUGCAGCUUGCUCCUCAAUCGGUAGUUACUUCUACUCUCAGAUUGGUCGCAUCUAUCAUGAUAUGCUCAAUAUGUAUCGUGCCUCGAGCCAACUUAUAUCUGAUGCUGUUGGUAGUGACGGUACUAUUGCGACUAAAACCCCAAGAGUGCGAGGUCUACGCACGAUAAAGAAAGAGAUUUUGAAACUCAUCGAUACAUAUGUGCAGAAGGCUGAUGACCUGGAGAUGGUCAAUCAGAGCAUGGUUCCUGCACUACUUGAGGCUGUAUUACUGGACUAUAAUCGAAAUGUUCCGGAUGCCCGCGAAGCGGAGGUUCUGAAUGUCAUGACCACAAUUAUUCAUAAGCUGCAUAAUCUCAUGGACGACAAAGUGCCUCUCAUCAUGGAAAGCGUUUUUGAGUGCACUCUUGAGAUGAUCAACAAAGAUUUUCAUGAAUACCCCGAGCACCGUGUCCAAUUUUUCAAAUUACUACAAGCCAUCAAUCUUUACUGCUUCCCUGCACUGUUGAAAUUAGAUGGGAAUCAAUUCAAAUUCGUCAUCGAUUCAUGCAUGUGGGCAAGCAAGCAUGACAACCGUGAGGUCGAAAACACCGGCUUGACUAUGUGCCUUGAGCUCAUGAACAAUAUGGCUGAGGCUGAUCCACAAACGUCGAGCAUCUUUUUCCAACAAUUUUAUCUGGCAAUUUUGCAAGACGUAUUUUUUGUGCUCACUGAUACCGAUCACAAGGCUGGAUUCAAAUCCCAAGCAAUGCUGCUGUCACGCAUGUUCUUCUUUGUAGAAUCCGGAAAGAUACAGGAGCCGAUAUACUCGGCUGAUCAGGCACCUUCAGGAACUUCAAAUAAGGACUUCCUCCAACAAUAUGUUGCUAGUCUGCUUCAAACCGCUUUCAAGAAUCUCCAAGAGAUUCAAAUAAAACAAUUUGUCAUCGGCUUAUUCGCGUAUAAUGAUGAUUUCAACAAGUUCAAGACACACCUCCGAGACUUUUUGAUUUCUUUGAAAGAAUUUGCGGGGGAUAACGCGGAGCUUUACGCAGAAGAGCGCGAGCAAGCGUUACAAGACGCGAAAGCUGCUGAGAGGGACCGCGCUAUGAAAGUCGGAGGAUUACUCAAGCCGGCCGAAAUGGAUCAGGAUGAUGAUUUAUGA